UUAACAUCUCUUUGUAGUUGCUAUAUAUGUUUAAGUGAACUUUGACUGCAUGUCUUUUCCUAAAUUGUUGGGAUAGCAGCUCGAGUUAUGGAUGCAUAAACAAAUUACAACUGCAGCCCGAGACUUGCAGGAGGGCCAAGUUAACUAGCGGAUCGCCUUAUUGGCUCAUCGCUGGUCCGCUGGGCUAGCAAGAGCAUGGAUAGCGCGCGUUCGUAUAAGAAGUUGCAUUUAUGUUACAAUGGCCAAUGCUUUGUGCAUCGUUCAAGGGCUGAAGUUUAGCGAUGCCUGUAACCAAAGAAGAGUAUGGAUGUAGUAGUAGUAGUGAGGCGAUUGGACAGUACACCAUCACUAACAAACAUGGAAUGAAAGCCAAGCUGAUUGAUUAUGGAGCUUCUCUCGUUGAGCUGUGGGUUCCUGAUCAGCAUGGUAAUACAGCUGAUGUGGUUCUUGGUUGGCCUGAUUUGAAAGGUUAUGAGAAUAAUUCCUUCUACUUUGCAUCUGUUGUUGGGAGGGUAGCCAACAGGAUUGCAAAGGGAUCCUUCAGUAUUGAUGGUGUCAAGUAUCUGCUGAAUAUCAACAAUGGUCCUAAUACUAACCAUGGAGGUAUCAAAGCAUUUCAUCUGCAAGUAUGGAAGGGUUGUAUUGAAGGUGAUGACAAGGUGACUUUCACCUAUAUUAGCCCUGAUGGUGAGGAAGGUUUCCCAGGAGAAGUAACAGCUACAGCCUCCUAUCAGCUGACAGACGAUAACAAACUCAUCAUCUCCUUUGUUGCUAUGACAACUAAAGCAACUCCUAUCAAUCUCUGCAACCAUUCUUACUUCAAUCUUGCAGGCCAUACUGCUGGAAGCAUAAUAGAUCAUCUGAUACAGAUCAAUGCUGAGAACUACACACCUUUAGAUGAUACCAGUAUACCUACUGGGGAGAUAGUAGGCGUGAAGGACACAGUGUUUGAUCUGAGAGAACCAGUGAAGAUAGGUGAUAGGAUCUAUGAUGUACCAGGACGAGGCUUUGAUCAUAACUUCUGUAUCAAGUCAUCCUUAGAGGAAUCCUGUGCUAGAGUAAGUCAUCCAGGCAGUGGUCGAUGCAUGGAGAUGUUCACUACCAAACCUGGUAUUCAGUUUUAUUCAGCUAACUAUCUAGAUGAUACCUGUAAAGGCAAAGAAGAGACUACAUAUGCCAAACAUGGUGGUUUGUGCUUAGAAUCACAGUACUAUCCUAACUCGGUUAACCAGCCAAACUUCUCUAAAAGCGUACUACAGCCUGGAGAGAAAUACAAUCACACUACUGUCUACAAGUUUUCUUGGUGAGCAGUCUUCUGCAGCUGGGCCAUGAGCCAAUUUUUAAAUGAAAUGGCAUUUUGUGGGCCUUUUCCUUACACACGUGGCUGGCUAUUUGGAUUGUGAAUCCUAUGUGUGCUUUAUGUAUUGGCAUAACAUGUCAACAACCAAGUCAGCUGUAUUUAUCUUUUUAAUGCUAUCAUGAUAUCUGAUAAAUUGAAGUUUAUACAAUUAAAGAAAACAUCCUUUUAAAAUCAUUGUUAUGUAUUAAGCUGAAAUUGACAUCUGUGUUAUGUAUCAACAGGUCUGUAUUUUCCAAAAUAGUUGAUAAGCAUAUUGUAUAAUGUGUUUUCAAACUUAUUGAUGUCAGGAUUGUAUUGACUCUGAUGUUUCUAAAUAUCAGCUGAUUCCCCUUCUAGUUUUAAAGUACACAAUUAUUUUACUGGAGUGCAGAAAAAGACCUCCAUAUAUUCUGUGUGGCUUUACCUUCUAGCCCCCCCCCCCAACAAAAAAUAAUAAUUGUGUUUCAAGAGUAAGGAAGUGAAAAGUCUGGAUAUGUACUUGUCCAGUAUGUGGAUGGAAACAUAGAUGAACCUCAUGGAUCGCUUACAUCAACAUUAUGUCAAGCAACAUUUUUGACUCACAGCUCCUUUUUCUAACGCCCUGUCAGGGUUUUGGGGUGUGGUUUAUUUGGAAGUAGUUUAGUCUUUUAGAUGAGUAAUAAUGUUAUUUUAAUUUUUUUAUAUUUUUAAUGACAGCAAUAGAUUAUGGUAUUCUUCGCUAGAAAUGGAUUUAAAUCACUUAUUUUAUUAGAGGUAAAUCAUACCAUCAACUGCCAAUUAUUGUCUUCAUGGGUAUGUGUACUUUACUCUUAACUCUGCAAAACAAUAGUUAUCCUAACUGCUCCUGUGUUGUGUGCAACAGAAUGAAUGAGAUAAUGAUCUCUAUUAAAAACAAUAUAUUUUUGAAUUCUG